GUAGAGUUACUACUGACAGCGCAAUUAGCCUACAACAGUACAAAAUCAGCAAUAACAAAGCAUUCGCCGCACUACGCGAACUACAGAUAUAAGCCGACCGCUCACCGAGAUCCGAAGGACAUCGAAAGUAUCGCGGUAGAAGCAGACGACAAGGCGAAGCUCAUGCGAGAAUUACACGAAGAAUUAAGCAAGAACAUAGCUCAACGAAACCUCACGACAUCCAAAGCAGCGAAUAAACUAAGGAUUGAGAGACCAAUCUUUAAGAAGGGGGACAAA